AUGGCCGCCCCAACGUACUUCUCCGGAACCGUCGUCAAGAUUGGCGGCAACGUCGCAAAGGGCCAUUACACGGUUCAACAAGAGCCUAUCCACCAUUUCUUCCCGACAGGAAGACACGGCCACCGAUCCGAAAACAAGGUCGAGAUUGACUUUUCCAUUGGACCUGUUAGCGUAAAAGGCUAUAUUGAUAUCGCAGCCGAAGAAUUGGUGAUCAGUGUCUCUGUUGCCGGAAUCCCUUUCGGAACAUUCACGGGGAGUCUGAAGACGGGCAUCACUAUUGAUAUAAACUUGCUCCUUAUAAGGGGGACUUUGAGGUUCUACGUGAAGGAUAGUACACUCUACUUGGACGUCGACGUCAAGUUCAUCUGGGAUGGAGAAUUCAAGAAGGACGAAAUACCCAUCAUCCAUUUUUAG